GCUGAUAAGAAAAUAUUAUUGAAUAAGAAUGAUAGUAAAUUGCAGGUGAGUUGUUUGUUAUGUGUGAUGGAGUUGAUCGAAGAGGAAAAUGAUGAAGGGAUGAUUCCUUUUAAGAGAUCAAUAAAACAUAGGUUGUUGUUGAAAGAGUUGCAAUACCAUAUUGAAGAUUGGUCAAUACAAUCGAUUUGA